UAAGACUUACAGGAAGCAUAAACUUAAAGCGUCUGGAAGAAAUUAGACGCAGAAAAAGACAAGUCCACUACUUCAACCUGUGCGCUUGGGGGGAAAAAAACUUGAAUGAAUUACAUCUUGAUUCACCAACAUUGACUACUGUUGGAUAACCCUUUUUUUUUUUUUUUUUUUUUUUUUUUUUUAGGAAAAAAGAAACUUUUAAAAACUUGUUUCUUAAAUUUGCUGACAUUUUUAGAAUGAACUGCCAAGAUGCUCAUAAAGACCUCAUCACGACAACAGACUGAUGCAAACUUUAAAUGAUGUUUUGGACGAGGCGAGAUGUUCUGUGGAAAACGUGGAUACUGUACAUUUCUGCAUUUCAAAGCAAGGAGUUUUUAAAUGCUCCAUGCCGGUCUCCUCUGUACUUUCCCCCAAAACUUGUAUGGGAAGGUUUGUAGAGUGUCUGGAGAGUGCAGACCCUCGUCGGACAGCAUCCCUGUUCAACUAACGGGACAUCUCCACAGAGCUCCUCCAAGAUGAGAUGUGAUAAAGCGGUGAGCUACUUAAGGAUUGUUGGGACGACACUGUUCGGCAUUUCACUGCUUGUGGGAAUCUCUACUGCUUAUAUCAUGGGGUAUAAGCUCGUAACAACUCCAGGCAACUAUUUGUCCUUUGGUCUUUAUGGAGCAAUUCUUGUCAUCCACCUCAUCAUCCAAAGUGUGUUUGCCCUACUGGAACACAGAAACAUGAAACGCUCCUUGGAAACACCGAUUAAACUCAACAAGUCACUGGCCCUAUGCAUUGCAGCCUAUCAGGAAGACCCCAACUACCUGAGAAAGUGUUUAAUAUCAGUGAAGAGGCUCACGUAUCCGGGUAUAAAGGUCAUAAUGGUUAUCGAUGGAAACAACGAUGAUGACUGCUACAUGAUGGAGAUCUUUCGAGACAUCAUGGGCCGGGACAAGGCAGCCACGUACAUUUGGAAAAGCAACUAUCACCACAGAGGACCGGAAGAAACUGAAGAAUCAUACGCUGAGAGCUUGCAGCACAUUUCUCGCCUGGUUCUCAAUAAUAAAUGUGUGUGCAUCAUGCAGAAGUGGGGCGGGAAAAGAGAGGUCAUGUACACCGCCUUCAAAGCCCUGGGAAGAAGUGUCGACUAUGUACAGGUAUGUGAUUCAGACACCAUGCUGGACCCGGCCUCCUCUGUAGAGAUGGUGAAGGUUCUAGAAGAAGAUCCCAAUGUUGGAGGAGUAGGUGGAGAUGUGCAGAUAUUGAACAAAUAUGAGUCGUGGGUCUCCUUCCUGAGCAGCGUGAGGUAUUGGAUGGCGUUCAAUAUCGAAAGAGCCUGCCAGUCAUAUUUCGGGUGCGUUCAAUGUAUCAGCGGACCCUUGGGGAUGUACAGGAACUCCCUGCUCCACGAGUUCUUGGAGGACUGGUAUGAUCAGACAUUCAUGGGAAGCCACUGCAGUUUUGGCGAUGACCGCCAUCUGACCAAUCGAGUACUGAGCUUGGGAUAUGCCACGAAAUACACUGCUCGCUCCAAGUGCUUGACCGAGACGCCUAUUACUUACCUGCGCUGGCUCAAUCAGCAAACCCGCUGGAGUAAAUCCUAUUUCAGAGAGUGGCUUUACAACUCCUUGUGGUUCCACAAGCACCACUUGUGGAUGACCUAUGAGGCCGUCAUCACCGGCUUCUUCCCGUUCUUCCUCAUCGCUACUGCCAUCCAACUGUUCUACCAGGGCAGGAUCUGGAAUAUCCUUCUGUUCCUGCUGAUUGUCCAAGUCGUGGCACUCAUAAAGUCCUCGUUUGCUAGUUGCCUCCGAGGCAACAUCGUCAUGGUCUUCAUGUCAUUCUACUCAGUGUUAUAUAUGUCAAGUCUGCUACCAGCAAAGAUGUUCGCAAUAGCCACCAUAAACAAAUCCGGAUGGGGAACGUCUGGAAGGAAGACCGUAGUGGUGAACUUCAUCGGACUCAUUCCGAUUUCAAUUUGGUUCACUAUUCUUUUCGUUGGCAUUAUUUAUACGAUAAUCCAAGAGACGCGAAAACCCUUUCCUGAAUCCGAAAAGGUAGUUUUGAUAAUCGGCGCAAUUGUUUAUGUCAGCUACUGGGUCGUGUUUUUGACUUUGUACACUGUCCUCAUUAUGAAGUGUGGCAGGAGGAAGAAAGGACAGCAGUAUGACAUGGUUCUUGACGUAUAGUAUUUCCCAGUGCCCUUCAUCCUUUUCUACGUUUACAUUAAAGACAGACUGCUAUCUGAAAGUGGACCUUCCACAGGAAGUGACGCUGUGAGGAGACAUUGCUGCUGUGACUGUCAUCAAGAGUAUUCCUUUAAGAUGAUAAAGGAAAACCUUUUGAUAUGUGAGCUUUGACAGUCUUGAUGUUUUAGUAUUCCACCAUCAGAUGACAAUUUCUUUGCACUUUUACGUUCACUCUCGUUAUGCAUAUUGCUUGACAUUGAACUUUUAAGGAACAAAAUACCUCAGUGGUUGUCUUAGCAUUGUGUGUUUGAAAUAGAGUCUGUUGAGACUGUUUUUUAUGUAAUUUAUGAUUUUAUUUUUUAAAUUUUAGUUUGUUUGAUAUAUAUAAAAUAUAUAAUGUAUACAUUUUAGACUGAAAUCCAAAACUGAAUUUGUGCUGUACUUUUAUUUGCAUAAUGUAUUUUAUUGCCUUUUUUAUAGAUCUUUUUUUUUCUAAUUAUCACCAAAGAUUCUCUAUUUUCAUUAAAUAUGAGGAAAUGUAUUGUUUUAAGACUUGCCUAUCUGACCAAAAUGUGAAAAUAAGGAGCUGGAUUUGUCUCUGUGAUGACAGCAAUAAAAGGCAAAUCUAUUGAUAAGUUAUUCAUUUUCUUUGACAAUAAGGGCGAAAAACCUGUGUUAUUAUAAGUACAUGGGGGAAAGACCAGUCUAUUUAUAUGGUUUGUAGCUUUAUUACGUGAUUGUUAGCGAAAUAAUAUUUGUAAUAUAAAAAUAUCAUUUGCUGGUUUGAUUGAAUGUUUUGGGUCACACUUUAUUUUGAUGGUUCGUUUGUUGAAUUUAGGUUCUUCUCAUUAGUAAUUCACAUUAGGUAAUAAGUAGACUGUUAGGUUGGGGUUAGGGUUGACAUGUACUUGCAAAGUUUCUUAUAGUCAGUUAAAUGUCUGUUGAAGAAGCAGUAUCAACAGAUAUUAAGCAGGCAGUCUACUAAUACUCAAAUGGACCAUCAAAAUAAAGUGUUACCAUGUUUUGAACAUAAUCUAUGCAAUAUUAGCAUGUGCCAAUGUCAAAUUGCAAUGCAAAUUCUCAAGAAAAAGUGACACAGGAACAUUUGCACAUGCACACACAAACAUACAUUGGUAUUUGUGGUUUACAGGGACUCUUCACAGGCAUAACAGUAGUUACAGUAAAAAAAACAUGUAUUAUAUAAGCCUAUUCACACCUAUCCCAUUAAUCCAACCCAUACAGGAAACCUGUGGCAAAUAUUGAAUGUGAAAAGUCCCCAAAAAGUAUGAUUAUUAAGUAUUUUGAAUUACAAGUACACAUUUUCUCAUAAACCACCGUAAUAGAACUCCCUAUCCUUGUAUGAUAAAACCUGUGCACAAAGGCACAGAUACCUUGUGACUGUGGUAACACUUUACAAUAACAGUAUAUGAAAAAAAGGAUGUGUUAAUAUGUAAACUAAUCAUUACUUUAAUAUGAACUAAUGAUGAGUUAAUGCAUGCGCUAAUCAUGAACUAACUUUAACUACAACAUGAGUCACAUGAGUUCAUGUGUGAAUAACGGCUACCUUAGCUACUUGUUAGUACAUGAUUGUUUGUUAAUUAAUGUGUUAAUUAUUACAUUAGUUUAUGUUCAAUUUAACCGUCAUGAACUCAUGAUAUGUUAAAGUUUAAUUAUAUCAUGAAUUUUCCAACACAAUCUCACGGCAAUUCGUAACUUUUUGAUUUAAUGGCCAAUUCGUAUGAAUUCGUACGAUCUAAUUCGUACAUUUUCGUACGAUUUGCUCUUCCCCCAAUGACGGUUGGGUUUAGGGGUGGGGUUAGGUGUUACGCCUCCUUUUUAAAAUCGUACAAUUUCGUACGACUAAACUCAUACAAAUUUGUGCGAAUUACCCACUAAACGGACAAAACGUAAAAUACUUACGUUUUCUCGUGAGAUCAGGCUGGAAUUUUCUUGGAGGGGCUUCAUUAACCUAUUCUUAACAACUCAUGAACUACUCAUGAACUCUAUCUAGUGCAUAUACACUGAAUAACAAUAAAAAAGUGUUCUGUCAACAUCACCAUGAACAGUUUAAACACAGGAGUUCAUGAGUAAAUAAGGAUGAGUUAAUGAUGAUAUGCCCCUCCAAGUAAAGUCAUGACAUAAUUAACAGCUCAUGAGUUCUUGAUGGUUACAUUUAGCUUAAACUUAAAUGUUAAUUAAUACAUCAGUUAACCGGUAAUACAUUAAAGGUAACCGAUAUUCACACAUGAACUAUUGUGACUCAAGAUGUAGUCAAAGUUAGUCCAUGAUUAGCGCACUCCUUAAUUUAUCAUUAAUUCAUAAUAAUGUUUAGUUUACAUAUUAAUACAUUAUUAUCCAUGUACUGUUGUUGAAAAAUGUUACUGUGACUAUUGUUGUUUCAUACAAGCUUUUGUAAUCCAUCAGCGUUUGCAUUGCUUAUCCAGUAAUACCAAACCUGAAAUUCCAAGUAUCACCAUGCCUUAAUAUCCUGUAAAAAACUUGAUUUUAUUUAUUGAAUGUGAAAAGACCCCAAAAAGUAUGAUUACUAAGCAUUUUUAAUUACAAGGACACUAGACAUUUUCUCAUAAACCACUGUAAUAGAGUACAACCCCCUGUCAUUAUAUAAUAAAACCUGUAAACCACACACACACAAAGGCACCGAUAACUAGUGACUGUUGUUGUUUCAUAACCUUUUGUAAUCCAUCAGCAUUUGAAAAGCUUUUCCAGUGAUACCAACCCUGAUUUCCAAGUAUCACCAUGCCUUAAUAUCCUGGAAAAGCCUUGAUUUUAUUUACCAGCAUCAUUUUUUAAUGUUUACCAAAUGUUUUAGAAUGUAAUGGUUUGCAUUAUAUACAAAGAAAGAGGCAAGAUUUGAUAAUAAGUAUAGUAAUUUUGUAUUUCAAUAAACUAUUGAUUGUAAUUGAUGAGGGCUUUUUUAAGACAGUGUUGUCAUAAAGCACUUUUGUGUUUGUGCCAAAUAAUAAAAAAGUACAUUAUAA